ACUACUGCUGUCAAUGUCAUUUACUCUAAAAACGAGAAACUAGUUAUUGUUUUUAAUAAUUAGUCGCUGUGCUUUUUGUAUUUUUCUAGUGUCCUUAAAUGUCUUUAUCAAACAUAAUGUAAAAACAUUGUGUUUAAAAUGGAUGAUCCCAUUCAACAUACUUUAGGUUAUUCGACGAAAGCCGCGUUAAUCAAAUUACGUGAUGAUAUUCGUGUUGUUGUAAACGAAUUCAAAAAGAAAACUCCGACGGGGUAUGGGCUAAUAAGGAAUAUAAUAUCAUUUUCAUCUGAAAAAGUGUUACUGUCAGGUGUUGCUUAUACAAUAACACUAACAUAUAUCGUCUGCCUCAUUCUUACUUACAUAUUUGGAGAAUCGGUGCAAGCACAUGCAUAUUUACUUUGGGAAGCAUUCUUUCUAUUUGUCAUAUUACUUAUAAAUUUUCUUGUUGCUCUUAAUGAAGAAUAUUUAUAUAGAAAUGAAAUCCCUCAUAGAGUCCACAAAGUGUUAGAAAAUUUGGAUGAGGCUAUAGAGGAAGCAAAAUGGAAAGAACAACACUAUCCUCAUCUUUGUGCUCCAUUUUCCCCAUGUGUUAUUUUGCAAUGGACUUACAGAGAUGCUACCAUCGUAAACUUACCAUGGGCACUUCUUGUGGAAGGUGACAUCAUUGUCUUGAGGCCUGGUCAGGAAGUACCAGGUCAUUGUAAGGGCUUGCAGCCUGAUGAUCCUGAGUUGUUUUUUGGACAGAUCUUUCAGCCGACUUCACAGUCAAAAGAACCAUUUGGCACACCACGCAUCCGCACACCGCAUCAGAAUAAAGCGUACAGAAUGUGUGAGACACCAUAUUUGAAGAAUCUGAAACUGGCAUUAGAACAAGGCACAAGUAGGCCUGUCACCGUUUUUGAGAAACAAAGGUAUUUGUGCACUGUGAAAAUAAUGGAGGGUAUAGUUCUACCACUGGUGAUAGCAUUGGUCGUGAUAGCGAGCUUCAUUCGGCACGUGUACAAUCUUCCCGGCAUGACACAUUGGACUGAGAUCUACUUCCUGCAGACCAUCGCCGCUUCACUGCCGCUACUACAGAUCGUCUUCCCUAUUGCUUGGAUCACGCUCAAUUGCUACGGAUUAGCUAGGUUCAAACUUCUCUCAGAAACGCGUCAGAAAUAUGUUCGUCCAAAGUCGUGUUCCAUAUCAGAAGAAGCCAGCGAUCCGCUCAUACAAGCUCUCAGUGAAUCUAACCUUAAACCCGACAGCUUGAAAUCCUUAGGCAAAACCUUUUUCAAUAUACUAAUUGGUAGAGAAGAUAUGGUCUGCAGAACUGCAAACAUCGUACAUGUGCUGGGCUCUUUAUCGGCCCUUUGCUGUAUAGAUAAGAAGGGUAUAUUAUCAUGGCCUAAUCCGACAGCAGAAAAAGUGUUCUUUCUACGAAACUCUAGUCCAGCCUCAAACAACUCUAGCAAAACUAGUAUAGUCACGUCUAUGGGACAUCAGAGCGAAACUAAUAUGGAACAAGUCGGUGAUGGGAAACCACUUAAUGAGCCGUCCACUAUUGUCGAGGUGUUAGAUCUGACUCACGACCAGAACGCUCCGUUUUGCGUGGAAUUCGACGAUAAACGUUGGCGUCACCACCUCGCUCGCCUGAAGCCCCUCGGUCUGGCGGCGUUACUUAACACAUGCGCACCGACGCCUCGACACACAUACGCACACUUCUGCGCUCAUCUCACGUGCGAGGCGCAACUGAGUGAAGACCUGGUACCGGUUACUAACCGGCGUUGCCUCUGCGAGCUGGCGAAGCAAAUUGGAUUCACAGAUUCAGUGGCUGACACAUACACUGUGCAAGAGUGUCUUGCCAUAUUCAGACAUUUGCAAGCAGACACAAUCAGACGUGAGACGCGAUUUGUGCGUCAGUUACACUUGAGUACAAGAGUCAAAGUGCCGUUACCACACAUGUUGGCAGUCGUAGUGAAAGAUCAAGCCAAUCAACUUCAGAUGCUAACACAGGGCACCGCGGAUAUUAUCCUGGACUCCUGCGUGGACUAUUGGAACGGACGCGACCUAACACCAAUAUCGCCCUCCGAUCGCAAGAAGAUCAUAGACUUCUACCAGAGGAACUCGCUCACAGCAUACUGUACAGCCUUCGCUUACAAGCCUCUGACACGCGGCAUCACUCCUACGUUGGCGCACAUGUACCUGGAGUUACCGCCCGAUAGUCGGCAGCUGUACGCGACACACUCGCAGCACUGGGGCGACGCUCCCGCGCUGCACUUCCACUCUACAGACUCACUGUUAUUUAACGAAGUGACAGACGAAGACGUGAACGACGCAGACGGAUAUUUUGACAUGCAGUGUAAUCAGGUGUUCAUAGGAAUGGUGACGAUGCAAUACCAGGCGCAAAGUGAUAUGGUGCAGCUGAUUGAGAGACUCGAGCGCGCUUGCAUUCGCUUCGUCCACUUCAGUAAAGAGAACGAGUUGAGAUCGCGUGUGUUCAGCGAGAAAAUGGGCCUCGAGUCCGGUUGGAAUUGCCACAUCUCACUCAUGAACGACGACACCGCUAGUAAGAGUGCGUCGCCGCUUUCGUCGCAAACUUUGCCGCAAGGGGGCGGGACCGGGGGCGGGGGGCGUGGCCUCUCCUCGCGACUCAAUAGGGCCGUCGAUACCUAUGACGCGUCGCUCGGCUUUUACUAUAGCAACAACAUGGCGUCGUCGAAGGCAUUGUCUCUCUCUGCACCUGGUGCCAUCAAUUUGGAGCACAGUACAGUCAAAUUUGAUAAUGAAAUCAAGAGGGCGAGGCAUUCUAUCACCACACACAGCGGAAUAAAGUUGCAACGAGGCAGUAUCCCUACAUCGCAGCCGUCAGCGGACUCGCUGCUGGAGGACGAGGAGGAGGAGGGGGCGGAGUCCCCGCUCGACGCUUGUCGAUCGCUCUCCUGCCUCACGGAUUCCACUGAUCACUCAGCGCCUGUCAACUUCGACAUGAGCAACCGGGCAAAGUUACCGCGAGGCAUAGAGAACAUCCGUCCGCACAUAGAGAAGGUGGACAACGUGCCGUUGCUGGUGUCGCUGUUCACAGACUGCACGCCGCGCUCCGUCCACCUCAUGAUACAGAUCAUGCAGGAUUACGGCGAAGUGGUAUGUGUAAUGGGAUCGGCCGCUAACUGCCUUAAUACGGAGAUAUUCAUGCAAGCUGAUGCCAGUAUUGCGGUAGAACCAUUGUAUCCUGUGUUGUGCCAAAAAAUGCCCCCCUACCAAAUACCUGACAAGUGUAUCGGACCAAUCGACUUGGCGAGAUCACUGAACUCUGUGCCUUGUUCCUUAUCGAUGACGUGCGAUUCAGACGUGUCGCUGUUCACGCUAAUCACGAUGUCACGCCAUUUCAUGAUGUGUUUGUGGAAUAGUACGCAGUUCUGGAUAUGCAGCGUCUGUUUCAUAGCGUUACUGCAGGUAGGUUCGUUGUGCGCGUUCCUGCCGCUAGCGAUGAGCGUGGGCGGGUGCGUGUGGUGCUGCGUGUGCUGCGUGCCGCUGCUGGCCGCGCCGCUCGCGUGCGCGCCGCUGCCGCCCGCGCUCAUGCAGCGCGCCGCUACCCGCCCGCACUUGCACUUCACCGCGCAGAUGGCGCUGUUCGUGUUCUGGUGUUACGCGUGCAAGUUCCUCCCCGCCGCGAUAUCAAUACUGGUGCUAUACGGUUUCACACUGCGAGCGUUCUGCGAACAGAUAUCUGUCGCGACCAAUACGACCGACUGUUGGUUCGUGUACCCGGUUAAUGAGGGAAACUACACGGAAACUCACGAUUUGACCUUGAAGAGCUGGCACGGAUGGGGGGACGACUUCUACGACCAAUUCUACUUGGCACAGCAUAUAACGCUGGCACUGAUAACGCUGCACUUAAUUGUGAUAUCACUGUCUUUCGUGCACAGACAGUCGUCCAUAUGGCAGAGAUGUUUUUGGACUAAUAAAGUUUGGUGCGCUAGUGUAGUUAUUUUGGUGGUAUUGCAGAUAGUGUUUAGUGCGUGUACGUUGAGCGGGCGGUACGGGUAUUGCGAGCGUUGGGGCGUGUGCGCUCUGUACGGGCGCGUGCCGUGGACGCUAGCGGUCGCGUACGUCGCCUCGCCGCUACUAGUGUUCGCGCUCAACGAGCUAAUCAAGUGGCAAGAGAUCAAAGCUGACAUCAGGAAUCAACGACGUGCCAGAUUAGAUUUCGGAACAAAACUGGGAAUGAACUCACCUUUCUAACGGAAAUUAUCACCUCUAGUCAAUUAUUGUAGUGAAAUUUAAGACAAGAUGAUUCAAUGUGAAUUUUUAUAUUAAGAGAAAAUGUGACAUGUACUUAUGAUGUAUAAUAAGUGUAAAACUAUUUUGUACUUACUUUAUUUAUGACUCUGUUUUAAUGAACAUAGAAUAAUAUUUCCGAUAAAAAUAAACGUUACAUA